AUGUUUUCUUCCGGCGUCAGCUUUCCACAUGUUCUUCACCUCGCGUUCGUCUUUCUCUUUCCACUGUCCCUUGCACAGCAGUCCGCAGCGCGCACUGCGUCAGUCCUGCCCUUCAACAUCACGACGUCCACCAGCCUGAACACAGCCAACUAUUCCGCCCCGAUCUUCCCAAUAGCCCCAUUCAACAAAUAUGCCAGGAACCCGAUCUUGACCCCCAACCCAUCCGCCAACUGGGAGUCGGCCUUCCUGUACAACCCGACGGCCAUUGUCCUCAACGAGACCAUCUUCCUGCUCUACCGUGCGCAGAACUCGACCAAGACCUCGUCUAUCGGCCUCGCCUGGUCGACCGACGGCGUCAGCUUCACCCGUCUGAACCGGCCGAUCGUGUACGCGACGGAACCAUGGGAACAGAUCGGCGGCACCGAGGACCCCCGCCUCGUCCGCGUCAACGGGACAUUCUACAUGACGUACACAGCCUACGACAACGUGACGGCGCAACUCUGCCUCGCGACCUCGAUGGACCUGCUGACCUGGAAGAAACACCCGCCUUUAUUCCCGGGCUUCCAGGACGUCGCGUACAGCGACAUCGACGUGCCGUCGCCGCGGCUCAACCACACCAAGUCCGGCGCCAUCGUGAGUGAACCGACGCCCGACGGCCUGUACCACAUGUACUUUGGCGAUUCGUUCUUCUACCACGCCACGUCGCCGGACAUGCUCAACUGGACGGCCCUCCCAGCCGACAACUACUUCGCCGGACCCGUCAACCCGUGGGAGAACCGACUGAUCGAGCCCGGUCCCGCGCCGAUCAAGACCCGCGACGGCAAAUGGCUGCUCGUCUACAACGGCAUGACGACGGGCCGCGUCGGAUACCCCCAGAACCAGUACUCGGUGGGCCAGAUGCUGAUCGACCCGUCCGGCUCGUUUCGGCCGACCCUGAACGUGAGUGAUGGCGUGUAUCAGCCGGCGUUGCGGGACGGGCCUGUUGCGCGGCUGGAGAGGCCGAUCCUCGUGCCCGAGGCGGGCAACGAGCAGCAGGGCCAGGUCGACCAGGUCGUCUUUGCGGAGGGGCUCGUGCAGUUCAAGGGAAAAUGGUAUUUGUAUUUCGGCCAAGGGGAUAGUGAACUGGGCGUGGCAACUGCCGAUGUGCAGCCUUGA